UUAUGUGGAAUAAUAUCUCCCACCAGUUUCACUGAACCUGUGAAUUGACUCUCAUUGACUGCUGAAGCGUGUGACCUGGGCUGACCUGUGGCCCAGGUGAACUUCUGCUCGACCGUCUUGACCAUUUAAGGAACUGGUGAACGGAGCGAAACGUGCUUCCUGCUCGACAUGCGUCCUGAACCGGAGGAAGCGUUACACAAUAGGAAGUGGCGCGUUUCUGUGCGUCUGCAUUUGUUUGAAAAACUUUCUCAAGAUGAGGUGGAGUGGAAAAGAGCUGCUCCAUGAUGAAGUCAUUCAAGUGUUGUCGGGCAGUCGUGAGGGACCCUUCAGGGUUCCUCUGGACACUUGAGGGUCAGAGUCCUGACCUUUAAGUACUUGCCGAUACAGAGUGCAGAUACCAGUAAUACCAUAUCAACCAUUUUAAAUUAUGAAUUUUAAGUUGUUGUUUUUUUCAGAACAUGUUUCCUUAACUAACAUUUCAAAGUUUGGGUUUUGUUUGAAUGAAGUGCCUUGACUAUUCUGACAAGCCCUAACCCUAAAUAAACUGCUCUCAAAUAUCACGAUACUUUAUUGCACCAUAUUGUAUUGAUAUUUCUGCUGAAAUAUUGCAAGACUUGAUUGUAUGAUAUUGUGUGAAUAUUUUAAGUUUUCUGUAUCGACAUUUAAUACAUGGACACUUUUCAUUUCCUGCUGCAUUUGUGACAUGUUUAAUGUUUUCUUUUUGUGCACUGGAGUUGUUUAAGUUGACUGAGGGAGCGUGUCAUUCCACUGCUGGACUGUAAUGGAACUGAAAAGGCUGACCUCUGCUGGAGGACAGUGACCCGGGGCCACCUCCCAGGCCGGGCCGCCCUGCUCCUGACUGAAGCUCCCACUCCUCCACUACUGGUAUCCCAACAUGGGGAAUCUACUGAAAGUUCUGACUUGCACAGACCUGGAGCAGGAGCCCAAUUUCUUCCUGGAUUUUGAAAACGCCCAGCCCACAGAAGCGGAGCGGGAGGUGUGGCAGCAGGUGGACCUGGUGCUGAAGGAUGCCAAGGCCAUCCUGGAUGAGCUGCAGGCGUACAAGGGAGCGGGCCAGGAGAUCAGAGAGGCCAUCCAGAACCCAAGCGACGAGGCGCUGCAAGAGCAAGCGUGGGCUGCGGUGGUGCCCCUGGUGGGCAAACUGAAGAAGUUCUACGAGUUCUCCCAGAGAUUAGAAGCGGCGCUGCGCAGCCUCCUGGGAGCGCUGACAAGCGAGACUUACAACGACCCCACUCAGCAUCUGGAGCGGGAGCAGGCGCUGGCCAAGCAGUUCGCCGAGAUCCUGCACUUCACUCUGCGCUUUGAUGAGCUGAAAAUGACGAAUCCUGCCAUUCAGAACGACUUCAGCUACUAUCGCAGAACGCUCAGCCGGAUGAGGAUCAACAACGUUCCGGCGGAGGUGGAGAACGAGGUGAACAACGAACUGGCCAACAGGAUAUCGCUCUUCUACGCCGACGCCACGCCCAUGCUGAAGACGCUGAGCGACGGCACCACCAAGUUUGUGUCGGAGAACAAGAACCUGCCCAUCGAGAACACGACGGACUGCCUGAGCACCAUGGCCAGCGUCUGUAAAGUCAUGCUGGAGACACCGGAGUACCGCAGCCGCUUCACCAGCGAGGAGACGGUGUCCUUCUGCCUGCGGGUGAUGGUCGGCGUCAUCAUCCUCUACGACUACGUUCACCCCGUCGGUGCUUUCGCCAAGUCGUCCAAAAUCGACAUGAAAGGCUGCAUCAAAGUCCUCAAGGAUCAGCCGCCCAACAGUGUCGACGGCCUUCUCAACGCUCUCAGGUACACCACUAAACAUCUGAACGACGAGUCGACCAACAAGACCAUCAAGAGCAUGCUGCAGUCCAACUGAGCUGCUCCACCGUUGCCUCGCUCCCCGCCCCCACGACCCGAUGGCCUGCACAGAAUGUUCGUCCUCUCUCGUUGCUGUUUCUUCUUAUCAGAAAAAAGAGCUUCAGCUCUGCCUCUUUUUUUGUUUUUUUUUUUCUAAAUGAAAAUGCUACUGCCGUUCCAAACGUCUUUUUCUGUGCCAAAAAGAUGUUGCAAUGUUCUGGUGAACGUCCGCCCGCAGUGGCAGCUACUGAAACCCUGGUGGAGCCCUUCGCCAGGGACUUGAACAGAGAUAUAUAAAGAAGUAUAUAUUGUUUUGUUUGAUCCGUUAUUUAAUAUGACAUCUGCUGCAUGAUGAUUCUCGUUCCACUCCUAUUUAAAUUUGUUUCAUCGCAAAUGGUACUGGUCCCCGAGGAGAUUGAAGAGUACUGUUUUAUAUUUUUUAUAGGUUUUAAUUUGUGCUUGUUUUCAUAGUUGUGUUUCUUCUGCAAACUUUAAAACUGUGAUGUCUGUGAGAUUUCAAAACUUGGGAGUCGAUACUGUAAUGGACAGUAAGAUGAUGAUGACGAUGAUGCUGGAAGAAUAAAAAAGAGAACCUUUGUU